AUGUCUGAUUACUUUUCCUUGGAUGUUCCAAAGAAUCCCGAUCCUUUGCUGACUCCAUCUCAGAUUCUGGAUCAACCUUUGAUCACAGCUAGUGAUUUAAUCACUAGCUGUGAAGAAAAUGAAAUUCACGCCGGACAAGGCCCUACUCAACAAGACAAUAAUGACCAUCCUCAAAACCAGUAUGAUCCAAAUGAGAGAAGAAGUAGCGUUCCAAAUGUACGUUAUAAUCCAUUGAUGUACGGUGCCGAUAGCUCGUUACCAAAUUUAAGUGAAGGAGGGAAUUCUUAUCAACAGCAUGCAAGAAACUCUUCCUUACCACAAAGCACCUUUAACUAUUCGUUAAACAAUGGCUCAAGUACAUUAACUCCUCAGUUUAAUGCGGACAUGAAUUUGAAUUCAACAGAGCCUUCGCUUUUUAAAGAUUUAGCAACCGAGUCUAUGUCGCUGAAUACGUCAGCUUUGAUUGAUAAAAUGAAUUACACAAACAACGCAGUUUCGAAGGAAAAUAAAGAUUAUAUUUUGCCAAGAUCUCAUAGAAGUUCUCCUUUUUAUACCACUGUUCCAAUCCCAAAACCAGUUAAAAUAUCUGAAAACGAUUCCGUAUCAGGAUCUGAAGGUUAUGCAGAAGAUGAAAUUUAUGAUGAGAGUAAUCAUUUCGUUAAAGAAUAUCCAACGGUUUUACUAGCCGAUAGAUUUUAUAAAUGGGGAAAAAUUUUGAAGGCUCUUUGCUUCUAUUUGAAAGAGGUUGCUUAUUCUCAAGAAGAAUUUGCAAGAAUCAAUACACAAUUAAAAGAUUCUGUCAAAUUUAAAUUCUUAACUGAUUUAGAUGAGACAACAAACUCAUUCGUCGAUCCUUUAACCACUAAACAAUUGACUAAGAAACAACAACCAAUCACGUUAGCCGAACAGAAAAAAUUAAAGAACCCAAAUGCAAAGGCUGUAGAAUAUGUUGAAGUUCCUGGAUCAGCCUCUGCUGCUACAGGUUCAAGUGCUGCCCUGAUUAACCAUGAUUUUAAUUCUGCCUUAGCUGCUUCAGGGUUCAUGAAGUUUGGUUCAGGAUCUGUCCAAGAUUUGCAGAUAAUCCUGAAAAAAUAUCAUUUAUCUCAAGCUAGUCAACAAUACAAAAUUUCUAAAGAAAUCACUACCAAUAUCAUUCCAAAAUUACUUGACUUGAGAAAGGAUCUUAAAAUUAAAGUUAGAGAUAUCAAACAACUGCAUGACAAUUUUAAAACUAAUAUCAGUGACCAUAUCACAAUUACAUCUCAGUUAUUACAUAAGUACAUUGCCGCUUGCAAAGUUGUUCAAAGCCCAAAAUAUAAUACAAGGGUUCAAAAAAUUAAACCAAAACAUGAUCCAUUUUUGUUGAAGUUACAGUUGGAUUUACAAUUAAAAAGACAGUUAAAAGAAGAAAACUAUCUAAGAGAAGCUUUUAUCAACAUACAAACAGCAGGUUUAAAGCUUAGAAAAAUAGUUUAUUCUAAAAUCCAAGACACACUACAGUCAUAUUCUAUUUUGAUUGGUUCAGAGGCUCAAUUAAUGCUAAAAAACCUUUGUCAAGAAUUACACACUGGUAUUUGUUCUAACCCUCCUGCAGUUGAAUGGGAUCAAUUCGUUGCAUGCCAUACAAAGGGUUUGAUGAAUUGGAGUUCAGUUGAUCCAAUCCCUUCCGAAAGACAAGUUAGUGACAUCGAUUACCCUAGAAGAAAAUCACCAUUAGGUAAAUGUGUCAAAUCUGGGUACUUGAAAUUCAAAAAAGACGAUUUGAAGGUAUCAGAUGGUUAUUUUGUUCUUACAGCCAAUUUUUUACACGAAUUUAAGAGUAGUAAUUUAUACAAAAGUGGAAACCAUUCAACAACGACAUCUCUCCAGAGUCAAAAAAAUACAAAAGCUGCCACUCCUAAGUCAAGCAAGAGUAGUAAAAAUAAAGCCCAAACUGGAAAUUUACCUAAUGCAAUUCCAACAACUAGUAAGAAAAAGACAUUAAGUCCAAAUUUUAGUAUUCCAUUAGAUUUAUGUACUCUUGUGGAAAGUACUGAUAGGAAAUUAGUAUUGCGUGCUCCUUCAAUUGUUCCAGAAACCGUUGAAGUUGCAACACAUGCAUCCGAGAAGACUCAUAUUCUACCUAGCGAUAUUCAUCUUGAGCAUGGUAAAAUUUCAGGUAACUUUGCUCCUCAUAUAUCUAAAGAUAAAAAGUCAGGAAAAGCUAGUGGAUUUGCUAAAUUUUUGAGGGGUCCUACUCAUCAUAAGAAUAAAAGCUCCAGCUCAUCUAAGACACAACAACAACAAGCUAAAGUUGCCGCUCAACAUGCUGCUAAUGUUUCUCUAGAACCUAGAUUAUGGACAUUUACUCUUGAAGAAGAUGUUCCAACAGCUCAGGAUCUUAAGUAUUUCCGGAAAUGGGUAACUGACAUUAAACGUUUGUUAUCAUUUAAAAAUGUCGCCGAAAGAGCUGAAUUUAUUGAAGAAUGUUCCAUUAAGAAUAGGGCAGGUUUACCUCAUCCAAUGUUGUCGAGAAGUUCAUCUACGGGUUUCGUGCAUAGUAAUUCAUCUUCAAUUCCUGAUUUUAAUGAUCCAUCAAAGGCAUAUAUCAAUUCAGUAACUCAAAGCUCCUUGAACAUUCCUGAUUCUAGAAAUGCAUCCAGUGGUCAUGUUGAUAAUUCAUUUUUAAUGUCGCCGAUGUUAGACGAUAAAGGUAACUUAAUCAGUCCCAAUAGGCCAUCUUCUAUCAUUCAAUCUAUCCAGAACGCUAGUAUAUCAAGUAGAGUUCCACAACAAUUUCAGUUAGAUUCUUCCGUUUUGAAGACAAAGAGAAGUACUCCAAAUUUUUCAUCGGUUACACCUAAUAGACAACCCUCUGACGACAGUAAUGGUGGUUACUUUGCGCUUCCUUUAUCUCACCAAAGAUCCAUCUCAAAUCCUACUUCACCACCCUAUCUAGAGAGGCUAGAAAAAAAGAUUUCAGGAGCAUCAAGUAUAUCUAAUAUGAAUGUUAGUUCAAACUCAUCUGCUAUUAUACCUAAUUUUAAAAGUAUCAAUAGUAACUCAGUUCCUGUCAGUGCGGAAAGUGGAAACGAAGAUGUAAAUAGGAUCCCAGCCAUGAAGGUGAAUGAUCAACAUGUUCCAUUGCAUCCUCCUAAUUUUCAAAGAAGUACAAGUGCUUCUAGUCUUCCAACUUCUAAAGCAACUGGAGAAAAUGAACCCUCAUCAACUGGGUUGUAUAAGAAUAGCAAUACCAGUGGACAUAGUUUGAGUGCAAUUCCUAGCGCUGCUGCUACCAGCAGAGUUGCAAAUACACGAAAACACAAAAAGAAUGUUUCCUUCAGUUCUUUAAGCAGUUUGAAAUUCUCAAAGAGAUCUUCAACAGCUUUAGGACCUUUUUAUAAUGAACAAAUGAUGCAUAACGGUAUAGAAGAGCACGAUGACGAUGAUGCAGAUCAUAUUCCACAUACAGGUAAAACAGUUAAACUAUCUCAAUCUUUGUAUUCGUAA